AUGUCCGAGAACAACAGCCACUACGACCCUUACAUUCCGUCUGGCGGCGCCUCGUCCAACCCGACCGGUGGUACCGGUGCGGGCAACUCGCGUACCGCGCAGAUCCAGGCCCAGAUCGACGAGACGGUCGGUGUGAUGCGCGACAACAUCAACAAGGUGAACGAGCGAGGCGAGAACCUAAACAGCCUCCAGGACAAGACGGACAACCUCUCGGUGUCUGCGCAAGGAUUCCGCCGCGGUGCGAACCGCGUACGCAAGCAAAUGUGGUGGAAGGACAUGAAGAUGCGCAUGCUCAUCGUGGUGGGCAUCAUCGCUCUGCUCUGUAUCAUUAUUAUUCCUGCAGCGGUCAAGGGAACGGAGCACAAGAGCUCGAACGACAACACCUCCUCGUCGAGCCCUGCUGCGUCGAGCACGCAGGCGUAA